CAUUGUAUGAUGUGUACAUACUUGACAGUCGGCGUUUUUGUUUGAUUUUUCAUUUGUUCUGAACCUUUGCAAGCAAGGCGUUAUUUACUAUUCUUAUCUUUACCGGUACGGAGCUAGUUGAUUCCAUAAAGUAAUGACCUCCUCACAGAAUGAAGUCGGACAGAGAAGAAAGUGUGCUCUAAUAACUGGUAUCACUGGACAGGACGGAUCGUAUCUGGCUGAAUUCCUUCUCGAGAAGGGCUAUGAAGUGCAUGGAAUAAUUCGAAGAGCCAGUACGUUUAAUACGUCCCGGAUCGAACAUUUAUAUGCUGACCCAAGGACCCAUCGUGAAGGAAAAAUGAAAUUACAUUACGGUGAUAUGACUGACAGCAGUAGUCUCAUCAAAAUAAUCUCCACUGUAAAGCCGCAAGAAAUUUAUAAUUUGGCUGCGCAGAGUCAUGUUAAGGUGUCGUUUGAUUUAAGUGAAUACACUACCGAAGUGGAUGGCGUAGGUACACUACGAUUGCUGGAAGCGAUUCGAAUAUGUGGCUUAGACAACGAUGUCAAAUUUUAUCAGGCUUCAACGUCUGAAUUGUACGGCAAAGUUGUAGAAACACCACAAACCGAGAAAACGCCGUUCUAUCCAAGAUCACCGUAUGGUAAGUACAAAUGUUCCUUUAUCAUUGGUCACUCACCUACAUCGUUUAAUGUCUUAACAGCUUGCGCAAAAUUGUACGGUUUUUGGAUCGUCGUGAACUACCGAGAGGCCUACAACAUCUUCGCCUGCAACGGCAUCCUCUUCAAUCACGAAUCGCCGAGACGUGGUGAAAAUUUUGUUACCCGAAAAAUUACGAGAUCUGUGGCCAAAAUCCAUUUGAAGCAGCUCGAGCUAUUCGAAUUGGGUAAUUUGGAUUCCAAACGAGACUGGGGUCAUGCCAAAGAUUACGUUGAAGCUAUGUGGAUGAUGUUGCAGCAGGAAAAGCCACAGGAUUUUGUCAUUGCAACGGGAGAAACGCAUAGUGUGAGAGAAUUCGUCGAAGCGGCAUUCCGUGUCAUUGGUACGGAAAUCGAAUGGGAGGGCAGUGGCAUCAAUGAGGUCGGUGUUGAGCGCGGUACUGGCAUAGUUCGUGUGCGUAUAAAUCGGAAAUAUUUUCGACCAUCUGAAGUUGAUUUGUUGCUGGGCGAUGCCACCAAGGCUAAGAAUGAAUUGAAAUGGAAGCCGAAAGUGUCGUUUCUGGAGUUGGUUGAAGAUAUGAUGAAGUCGGAUAUCGCGUUGAUGAGUAAAAAUCCGAUGGCGUAGUGAUAACGUAAAACGGGUGAAGGGAUAAAGGGAUGCAGUUCCUUAAAAAUUUCUUCGAACAGUGUGGGAUGCAACAUUCCAAUUACAAUAAUGUUUUCUGCACAAUAAUUGUUUUGAACUUUUUUUUUUUGAUUUUCUUUUUAUUUUAAAUUUUAUUUUCUGACAAAUAUUGUCUGGAUUUUACGGUUUGAGUAUUAUGUACCGUGUAUUGCAUAUGUUAUCGUGUGAAAGUGACACAAAAUACAUUCGAUGUUUUGUUAAAGUCUAAAUUUA